AUGUCAAAUGAAAAUAACAUAACCGAAGAAUCUUCAGUUGAUGAAAAACAACCCGACAAGCUCGAAAUCACGGAAACCCUGACAGAAACCCCACCCUACACAAUCUUUCAGACCAAAGAAAGAGUAUUAUUGGUAAUAGUACUUGCAUUGUCCGGAUUCUGGGGCACAGCUUCGAGUCCGAUUUAUUUCCCUGCCCUACCUGCCAUAGGGAAAUAUUUCAAUACCGAUGAAAGUACAACUAAUUUAUCAGUAUUAACAUAUCUAAUAUUUCAAGGUGUAUUCCCAACCAUAUCCUCAAACCUCGCCGAUAAGUUCGGGAGAAGACCGGUUAUAUUAACCUGCUUGGUCGUGUAUAUAGCUGCAUGUAUUGGUAUUUCCCAAGCGAAUUCGAUUUAUUUACUCAUAGGUCUACGUUGUAUCCAAGCAGCCGGGAUUGCACCGGUAUUUUCUAUUAGUUCCGGAAUCGCUGGUGAUGUGUGUACGACUGCAACGCUUGGUGGAAUGGUGGCUAUGAUCGGGGGAUUACAGUUGAUGGGAAAUGGGAUUGGCGGAUUGCUUGGAGCGGCUUUGAUAAGUGGGUUUAACACUUGGAGAGCCAUUUUCGUGUUUUUGGCAAUUGGUGGUGGGGGGACCUUGAUAUUAGCUGUGUUUAUGUUGCCUGAAACUUCGAGAAGGAUUGCUGGGAAUGGAUCAGUGGUACCCAAACAUUAUGCUAAUUAUGCUCCAAUAUUGUUGGUGCCUUCUCUCAAAGCUAGAUUAACUAAUGAUGUAGAGACAUUGACUACUAAAGCCUCAUUUGACAUUUUGGGACCAUUCAAGAUCUUUUUCAAGCCAGUUGUAUUUUUUACAUUAUUACCCCUGGGGAUAUUUUUUGCAGCCUGGACUAUGGUUUUAACUUCGCUUUCAACUGAGUUAGAAUCACCUAAGUAUAAUUUCACAACCAUGCAAGUUGGUCUUGUGUACUUACCACAAGGGAUCACCUGUGCUGUUGGAUCACUUGUUGUUGGAAGAGUCUUGAAUAGGUAUUACAGAUACAGAAAGAAUAACUACGAUAUGAAAUAUAAAGACGUUAUACAUACACAAGUACCACCUUUCAAUAUUGUCAAGUCAAGAGUUUAUCCAUGUAUACUUCCAGCUAUUUUAAUGGUAUGCGGUUUGGUUAUUUUUGGAUGGUGUAUUCAAUAUCUGAAGAGCCUUGCAUCAAUUAUCAUUUCCACUUGUAUGAUUUCUGUUUCAUCAUCAAUUACGAUCUCAAUAUCGGCAACUUUAGUAGUUGAUUUGUUUCCUGGCAAGGGGAGUGCUCUGGCUAGCUGUGUGAAUUUGAUGAGAUGUUUAUUGGCAGCUGCUGGUACUGGUGUGCUUGAGAAGAUGAUAAGUGCUAUGAAUUUGGGUGGGACUUAUACCUUGAUUGCCGGACUUUCGUUGCUUUCAAGUUUGGGGUUUGUAUAUGUUGUCUAUCUUUCUAACAAGAUGAUUGCCACUCACGUAGAAUCAUGA